AUGCAAAUAUUUCUUUAUUUAAUUACUCUGGUAUAAUUUAAAAGUUAAAAACACCUGAUUGAAAAAAGUCAAAAUUCAACAAAUAGUUAGAGGCAAAAAGUAAUAAAUGGGUACCGAAAAUAAACAAAUAAAAUUGGAGUAUAUAAAUACAUGUAAGGUAAACAAACACUAGUGCUCGAAUUUAAGUAUCAAAAUCUAUCAAUCCUUGAGAAAUGGAAGGUAUCAGACACAGCAUAGUAAAGGUAAACGGAAUCAACAUGCACGUCGCCGAGAAGGGGCAUGGCGGCGGCCGGGUGGUCCUCUUCUUGCACGGCUUCCCGGAGCUGUGGUACUCGUGGCGCCACCAGCUCCACCACUUCGCCGCCCUCGGGUACCGCGCCGUGGCGCCGGACCUCCGCGGCUUCGGCGACACGGACGCCCCGGACGCCGCCUCCGCCUACACUUGCCUCCACAUCGUGGGCGACCUGGUCGAGCUUGUCCGCUCCCUGGGAGCGGACAACAAGGUUCUGCUGGUGGGCCACGACUGGGGCGCCAUCAUCGGGUGGUAUUUCUGCCUGUUCCGGCCGGACGUGGUGGCGGCGUUCGUCUGCAUCUCGGUGCCGUUCCGGCAGCGGCACCCGGCGGUGAAGCCGGUGGAAGGGAUGAAGGCACUGUUCGGAGAGGAUUACUACGUGUGCAGAUUCCAGGAACCGGGAAAGAUUGAAUCUGAAAUCGCGAGGCACGGGAGUGAAAAGGUGAUGAGGAAAAUAUUCACGGACCGGAGCCCGGGCCCGGCUUGCCUGCCAAAGGAAAAUCCAUUUCAAAUAUCCACGGAUGAACCAGAGUUGCCCGCUUGGUUAUCCGAACAGGACCUCCGCUACUUUGCUUCCAAGUAUGACGACGCCAAGAAGGGCUUUACCGGCGGCCUCAACUAUUAUCGCGCUCUCAAUCUGAACUGGGAGCUAACAGCAGCAUGGACAGGGGCACAAGUGAGAGUGCCAGUGAAGUUCAUGGUUGGGAGUGUUGACCUGGUGUAUACCACCCCUGGGGUUAAGGAAUAUGUACACAAUGGGCUCAAGAGGGAUGUGCCAUUGCUCCAAGAGGUUGUUGUCAUUGAUGGGGCUGCCCAUUUCCUCAAUCAAGAAAGGCCUCAUGAGGUCAACCAACACAUCCAUGACUUCUUCAACAACUUCUAGCACUCUACAACAAGAAGAAAAACCCCAUGCCACACUCUAUAUAAUAAAUAAGUGUGUUGAUCAUGUAAACGGCCAAACGGGCAAGACGAAAUCACUUCGGGCAGGUGGCAAUGCCUUUAGAGUUUGUGUUAUCAACAUGCUCGUUAUGAAUCACGUUGGCGUAUUAUGCACUUUGUUAUCCCAGUUGUAAUUGUGUUGUCAUGGGAAUCGCUACUUUGAAUUGUU